UCCUUCGCCAGGCUAAUUUUUGGAGUGUGGUGUGUGUGUUUUGUUCAUGUGUUUUGUUGUUUGUACGUUUCGCGCCCCUCGUAGAGCCCGCCCUGAGCUGGGUGUGCUGGUCCUGCCGCACCCGUUCCAGGGCAAGGGCGUGCCAGGCGUGAAAGUCGUCCAUUUCGCGGAGCUGGAGGCCGAGCGGUCGGCGCUUGGCGGCUCCUGCUGCACGGGCGGCCAGCAGUGCGGGAGCCUCGACGGGAUCGGCGUCGCGGUGCCCGCGGAGGCCAUGCAGUCUGGCGGCGGCCACGUCGGCAAGGCGGGCUCGGGGCCAGAGGUCGUGUGUGGGACCUGCGACACCCAGGCCAACGUCAUGCUCGGCGCGCCCGAUGUCUGGCCGUCGGCCGCCGCCGCCGAGGCGGAGUUCGGAGGCGCAGAGGUCCUCAGGGGUGGCGGCCGCGGCGGUACUGGACCUACGCCUGGAACCUGGCACGUGGCCAGCCCAUUCGCGGAGGCGAAGGCUUUCGCCGCAGGGUUCGCCUCGGGCUGGAGCUUGGCUGAGCGCGACGCCGCCCAGGCAGAGCGCGUCGGUGCCGCCUCGCAGACGGUUGAGGAGUCGGCGAUGCUGGUGCGCCCGUGUGGCCUGCCUGGUGGUCUGUCGGCAGUCGACUCCCAUGUUGUCGCCGUUGACGCUUGCUCGGGUGCCGAAGGGUUUGUCGACGGCGGAGUCGCUAGCGAUGACGAGUGGCUGCGCUGUGCUGGUGUGGAGGCGGACACGGCCUGCUCCGCCGUGCCGCAGCAGCUGCUCGGUGCGGCCGCCGCCAGCUACCUGGAGGCGCAUCCCGCUGCGUUCCUCAGCAGGAGCAAGGGUCUGCACGAGGCCGGCGAGGUGCUGCAGGCCUCGGGCGCCGUCGUCCUCGGCGAGGCAGGCGCCGCGCUGGCGGCGGGCUCCCUGCUGAAGCGGUACCAGGAAGAGCAGCAGGGCAUGGCCAUCGAGAUGGCCAUCGUCGGCGGUCUGGACGUCGGCGCCCAGCUCGGGGGCCUGGCGAACGAGAGGCGGUGCGAGGACUCGGAGGCUCCCGUCUCGCAGCAGGAGGUCGAGGAGGCCUCAGAUGACGAUGGCGGGAAAAGGGUCAAGCAGAGCGCGUGGUGGGCCGCGAGGGCCAGCAUUGCUCGCAAUUGGCUCGAGUCAGUGGCCGAGGACCGCGAUGGGCAGGAUGUUUCCGUGCUCGACAACAGUGUCUCGGGAUCGGAGCUCCUGGACAGCGAGCUCGGGGGCGAGUCUGGCGACUACGUUGGCGUGCUCGAGUGCGGGGAGGAGGCCCCGUUGGAGGCGGUCGCGCUCUUGACUGUUACUCCCGAGCCUACGGUGCAUGUUGUCUUGCAGGGGCAGCGGAUGAACGUUCCGAAGCCCGCUGCCGACUAUCUGCUUGAGCUCGAGCACGCGGCCAGGGAGCGUCGCCUUAGUCCGCUGGACGUCGAGGAGAUAGUGUCGUUCUCUUUGGCGGGGGAGGCGGCAAUCAGGGACGCGAUUGAGGCGGGUGGGGAGACAGACUUCUUCGACGAGAUGGGGUACGAGGCCGAGGCUGGGUGCUGUUUGACGCGCUGGGGCUCCCCGGCGGCGUAGCAGACUCACCGUGGUGACCCCGUAUGCAGGUGGGCGCUAUGGAGCCGCGGCGGCGUGACUGUUUCCGACGCUGUGUUGCGGCAUUGGAGCUAGCUCAUUUGGCGGAGUGGCCUUAGCGCCCUUGUAUGGCGAGCGUGAGCGGUCGACGUUUGCUGGCUGAGGCGGGAGGCGAUGGGGUUGUUGCGUGGUUGCGUGCGGACACCGCCGCGUGAGGCCCCCGCCGCGGGCGGCUACCGAAUGCCCUCUACAGUGCGCCCCCGCCUGAUCUGCGAGAGGGCCCUGGCGAGGCUGCGGCGCCUUCGGCGGCGACUGGAGCUGGCGCGGCGGCUGGGGCAGCGACGCCCCCUGGCGCGGCGGAGGCGGCCGCCCCGCGCCCUUCGCCCGCUGUCGCUUGCGGGUCGGGAGAGGUGCUCAUCCUCCCGCCGUUGGCCAGCGUGGGCCGCGCCCACGGCUUCGGCAGCCUGGCCGAGGCGUCGCGCCAGAGGCCUGGCGGUCCGUGAUGAGCGCGCGGAGGCCGCCCGAGCGAGAGCGGUGUAUCCCAGCCUGUGCGAGGUGCAGAGAUACUCGCGUCCUCGGGGGCUGAGGCGCCGCCCGCGCGCCGUGCAAACACAUGUUGGGGCGCGUCUCUCGAAUCCUAUGCAUGGGCACUUGUCUUUCCCGUCGCAGCGAGAA